AUGUACUCGCCUGCGCUCUCAGGAGCCGGGACGCAUCGGAACGGCGUCCGUCGCACCCCUCGACGUGAGAUUGGCAACGUCCAGCAGCAGCAGCAGCGCGAUGGAUCCACGCGUCGUCGUCGUCACCGCAGUUGGGUGGACCAUGACGGCGGCUCGUCCUCGCCGUCUCGAGGCAGCGAAUCAAUCGCUUUAUUGGUCGAUAAUGACCGUGGUGUGUCUGACACAAAUCGGGGCAAUCGCAGGAGCUGGGGUAAUUGGUGUAUACCACACCAGUUAGGCGACUUCACCAAUGCACUAAUGUACGGGAUCAUUAACUCGAUCCUGACCAUUCCGUGUAUGUAUGGCUAUGCCGCUAUUAUCUUCAGUCACCCAGCUUUCACCACGUUUAUGCCAGCGCUGUCCAAGCUCGUGAUGCUGUCCAGUGUCGUGCACCAAGUCAUGUUUACACUCUUGAGCUCGCUGCCGUUUGCCAUUGGCCAAGUCCAGGACGCCGGGCUCAUUUUCCUCAGUGCAAUUGCCACGUCCAUUUGCAACUCGCUGGGUCCAGAGGUGUCACUGGAAGCCAAGGUCACGACUACAGUGGUUACAAUUGGCUUGGCCACGGCGUCGCUUGGCGCCGUGCUCGUGCUACUGGGGAAGUUUAGGCUUGCAGGGUUGGUGUCUUAUCUGCCGAUGCCCGUUGUGGGCGGCUACCUGGCAUAUAUUGGCCUCUUCUGCUUGUAUGCAGGCCUGUCAUUGUGUACUGGACUAGUGAUCAAUGACUUUACGUCAAUGAUGCAGAUCUGGGACAUGCACUACAUGAUACUCUGUAUCCCCGGUGCUUUGGGAGGAGUUGUCCUGCUGCUGGUGGCACAGCGGUGCGAAAACUCGUUUGCGCUGCCUGCGACGAUUUUGUUGAUGCCAGUGCUGUUCUUUGUAGUGCUGCCGCUGUGUGGGAUCUCGCUGGAGGAAGCACGCGACUAUGGCUGGGUCGCGCCCGUGUCUGCCCCUGCUGGUUUCGUGCAAAUGCUCGAUCUAUUUGAUUUCUCGCAAAUGUACUGGGGCCAAGUCCCUGUGCAAUUUACGACAUGGCUCGGUAUGACGUUUGUAGUGGCUUUCUCGUCUUGUCUGGAUGUGGCAGCUAUUGAGAUGGACAUGGGCAGUCAGCUGAAUAUCAAUCAUGAAUUAAAAUCUGUUGGCUGGGCCAAUGUCGUCAGCGGAUUGCUGGGCGGAUACACUGGAUCAUACAUCUUCUCGCAGACCAUCUUCACAUACCGCUCGAAGACUAAUUCGCGAGUCGUGGGUGUAUGCGUCAUUAUAUCCGAGUUUGCCAUCGUGCUUGUACCGUUAUCCGUCAUGAGCCUCGUACCGCGAUUUUUCUUUGCAGCCGUCUUGAUCUUCAUCGCAGUUGACUUGAUGACGGAGUGGCUUGUCCACGUGUACCACAAGAUCUUGCCUCGGGAGUAUAUUGUGUUGUGGCUCUCCUUCAUUGCUAUCAACAUGGUCUCGCUUGAGCUUGGGAUGGUGCUCGGUAUCGGAUUUGCUAUCCUGAACUUCAUGAUCGGUUACGCACAAGUCCGUGUUGUAGCUCGCCGAUCACGUUCCUCUGCUGCUGUGCGAAAACUUGCUGCUCGCACUCUGCUUGGUCAGAAGCGCGACGCCAUCGUCUACUUGGAGUUGUACGGGUACCUUUUCUUCGGGUCAUCGGUCCAGGUUCUCGAAGAUGUGCAAAAAGCUGUGUACAUUCGCAAGCCCCGAACCGACAAGAAGCAAAAGUCAAGUAAAAAGUUGGGUGUAGAGCUGCCGGUGGUCGACGAUUCGAGUAUCCCGCUAACACCUGUAUCCAAGCGAGACGUCCCAAUUGUGCGUUUAGAUGGCAGUCCUGCACCGCAUCCCGAUGGGCUGCCGACUGAAUUUGUUGUCAUGGAUUUCAGCCGCGUGUCUGGUAUGGAUGCAACGGCUGCUCGUAGUGCGUUCAUGACAUUGCAGCAGCAUUGUAAACGCCAUGGGAUUACUGUCCUAUUUGCUGACGUGUUGCCCGACAUCCGCAGCUUGCUUCUCAAAAAUGAGAUUGUGGAUGAGGGGAGCUUCUUUUCCAAUGCUGACGCAGCUUUGGAAUUUAGUGAAAACCGGUUGUUGCUGCACACCGACCAUGUCCGAGAUUUCCACCAUGCUCAUGAGUCCAUGAGUGUGCUGUUGCACCGCUUUAUUGGCGAGCCGGACGAGUCGCCACUUUUUACUGGCAUUGACCAGUUUUUUCGCAAGUAUGAAGUGCCUGCAGACUACGAGUUUUACCGUGUAGCCUCGUACCCUGAUCGGUUCUACUUCCUUGCCAGUGGUCGCGUGGCACUCUUUAUGAACGAUGACGGUAGCGUGGCCCCUGGAAAGCCAUUGGUUCCAUUAGAGAAUGUAAUGCCUGGUGCCAUGUUUGGUGAAGUCGACUUUUUCGGCCGUCAGCACCGAUACAUGGCUGCAACGGCGAUUGAACCUUGCACUGUAUUCGAGAUGACGCGCCAAAGCUACGAGUCGAUGGAUGGGGUCGUACCGAAGCUCUGGAAUCGACUCCGUGACGUUGUGAUGCAAUCGAUGGCGCUGUCAAUUACCAACACCACAUCCAUCAACACUUUGAACAGUGUCAAUGGCCAUCGUCUUGGAUGUAACUAA